UUUUUUCGAAGAUUUCGAAAAUGGGAGUAAUGUUUUGUUUAUGUGUUGUAAGCAAUCGAGUCAUGUUUGCUAAGUAGAGCGAUAACGAUUAACGAUUAACGAUAACGAUAACGAUAUUUAGUGAGAAGAAUUUGAAAUUAAGUAGGGGGAUAAAUUUUUUACCAUACUAGUCGAGUCAAUAAAUGUUGGAAGAUUUUGUGUUUACUUUUGGCAGAAAUAAAACCUAGAGAAAUUUCAAAAUGGCAAAACGAACACCGAUUUAUCUUUUAUCGCGCUAAUCUUUCACAUUAUCAUCUCGCAGAGCUCCCAACAUUCCAUCUGCAUUCUUCGACUCAAUGAGCUCCGUUCACAACAAAUCGGACGAUGAAUACUCAGUCAUCGGAGACAAAGGUGACAUCGGAUUCAUCGAUUACGACAACUGCAAAUCGAUCUGCAGCUACAAUCCAUCCGAGGAGAGCCAAUUCGUAAAUAUCUCCGUCCCGUUUCCUCUAGUCGGAGGCAAACCUCAAUCAGGAUUCGUGGGAGAAACUAUAUUCCACCCUGUCACUAUCAAGAACACCACAAACGAGCCCUUAGAUCUCUGGUCGGUCAGCAUUUACGACUCCAAACCUGAGAACUCGUUCACCAUUUCUCUCAAAGAGCCUCCGAAAGCCGAUUCGGGCGUGGAAUAUAUCCAAGCUUUUAUGGAAACAUUUUCGUUGGAAGACAGGGUGAUAGGGCCAGAACAGUCGUUGACUGUAUACCUAUCGUGCAAGCCUAAGGAAAUCGGGGUUCAUUCGGCUGCUGUGCAUUUCAGCGUGGGUGACGAGACAAUCGAAAGGGUGGUUUUCCUUUUGGCCGAGGAUAAGAUUUCUCAUUCUUUGUUUUCCGCAAAACCGUACCAAAGAUCGCGCAGAAAGAAACAGGAUGUGGUAAAUGUGCAUGCUGCAGAUGCUGCGUACAUUGUUGGGCAUCGGCCCUCGAGGGGUUCGGGUAGCGGGUUCCGAUAUCGACUGUCGGAUUAUCCUGUUCCGGCAAAUAUUCGGGAAAUGGUGCAUAAUCAGCAGAUCCCCGAUGCGGUCAACGAGGGUUUGACCGAGAGGAACUACGGGUUUUUUUUCAAGACUUUGCUUGCGAUGGAAGAGAUAAAGUUGGAGGAGGAUAUGCGAGCAUAUGACAUGGAGUGUGUCUCGAUGAAGAGCAAACGGAACCAGUUCUUGACUCUUGAGGUACCCGGAUUGGCUGAGAAACGGCCUUCACUCGUUAACGGGGACCACAUAUUCGUGAAGCUUGCUAGUGAGGAUCAAAAUCCAAAUCCUGCAUAUCAGGGAUACAUUCACAGGGUAGAAGCCGAAGAAAUUUACUUGAAGUUCGACCAAGCAUUCCACCGCAUCCACAGAGAUUGCAACCUCUACAACGUGCAGUUCAACUACAACCGAACAGGCAUGCGACGCCUCUAUCAAGCCGUAGAAGCAGCCGGAUCUUUAGAUCGCAACUUUCUCUUUCCAUCCACAUCGUUCAACGCAAGAACAGUAAAACCCAAUCCGAUGGUCCCGAUUUCUCCUAACCUAAACGACGAACAAAUGAGAGCCGUUCAGAUGAUCCUCGCCUCCCGAGGCGGGCCCCCCUAUGUAAUCCACGGGCCACCUGGCACAGGCAAGACCAUGACUCUGAUCGAAGCCAUCCUCCAAAUCUACCGUUCGAAACGAAACGCUCGUGUUCUCGUCUGCGCACCUUCAAACAGUGCAGCCGAUCACAUACUCGAAAGACUCGUAAGCCAAGAAUUGGUGCAAAUUCAUAAAAAUGAGAUCUUUAGACUCAAUGCGUACACGCGCUCGUUCGAGGACGUCAAUCCGAACCUCAUCGAAUUCUGCUGCGUCGAAGAUUUCAUUUUUAAAUGCCCUUCAAGAUAUGAUCUCGUGAAGUACAAAAUCAUUAUAUCUACUUACACAAGUGCGUCUCUAUUAUACUCGGAAGGCGUUCGGAGGGGUCAUUUCUCGUAUUUUUUCUUGGACGAAGCUGGACAAGCUUCCGAGCCAGAAACACUGGUCCCACUAUCCCAUCUUUAUAGGGAGGACACGGUUGCAGUUCUUGCGGGCGAUCCUAUGCAGCUAGGUCCCGUGGUAUUCUCCGGGGAUGCGGAGAGUUACGGACUAGGAAUCUCCUUCAUGGAGAGGCUCUUCGACUGCGAGCUGUACAGCAGCGGAAACGAGAGUUUCAUGACCAAAUUGGUCAGAAAUUACCGGACCCACGAGGCAAUUCUAAAGCUUCCUUCUGAACUCUUUUACUACGGUGAAUUGAUUCCAUCAAAGGAAGAAGAGUCAUGUUUGUACUCGACGACAUCAUCAUGGGAGGAUCUAAUCCCGGAUAAGGAGUUUCCUAUGCUGUUUAUAGGCAUUCAAGGCUGCGACGAAAGAGAAGGGAGCAAUCCAUCUUGGUUCAAUAGAAUCGAGGCGAGUAAAGUGGUCGAAAUAAUCAGGGUUUUGAUCGAGGAAAAGGGGAUGAAAGAGGAAGAUAUUGGUGUUAUUACGCCUUACAGGCAGCAGGUCUGCAAGAUAAGAGGGGCACUGGAAAUGCUCGGUAUGGGUGAUGCUAGGGUUGGAAGCGUCGAACAAUUUCAGGGGCAAGAGAGAGAAGUUAUUAUUAUAUCAACUGUUCGUUCGACUGUGAAGCAUAACGAAUUCGACAGGCUUCAUUACUUAGGGUUCUUGAGCAACUCGAGGAGGUUCAAUGUUGCUAUUACUCGAGCGAGGUCUUUGCUCGUGGUUAUUGGGAAUCCACACAUCCUAUGCAAGGAUCCAUAUUGGAACAAUCUGUUAUGGUACUGUGUGGACAAUGACUCGUAUAAGGGUUGCUUUCUCCCCGAAAGAGAGGAUCUCAGUGUUGAAGGGCCACCUGAGUACACAGAGGAACAAUACCCGAGCGGUGAGGUGGCGAACGAUUUCCAGCCGUCGGAUGGGAAUUGGGAUGAGAAAGGUGAUGAAUGGCAGUCUGCUCAAGUUCAGUGGGGCCCGUCUGAUGUUCCUUGGACCGGGGCAGAAAACGAUGAUGUACCAUGGGAGUAAACACACCGAUUUUUUUAUUUUUUUAUGCAGACUCUUGAACAUAAGUUUUGCUUUAUAUAUUCAAAUGAAUAUAUACAACAAAAUACCAGCUGGAAGUUGAGAACAGUGAGAUUGGCACAACAUUUAGAAAUUCUGCUUAUUUUUUUUUUUAUUUUUUUUUUAAAUUUUUUUUUUGUGAUGGUCCAGAACUUGGAUAUUUGUAAUGCACAAUGGUGUUGAAUGAAAGUUAAAGGAUUGUAAUACUUGAUUUACUGCAACUGAUGAUUAUUGAUGCAUAAAGUUCUAUUCUAA